ACCCUAUCAAAAACCCUCUACUUUCUUCAACCUCAGCUGCCAUGGUUUUCUGAAAAAAAAGCUUAAAAUGUCAGCUUCUAGAUUGUUCUUUCUCCUUGGAGCCUCUACUGUUCGUAACUGUAACAAGCCUACGAAUAUCUCUUCUCCAUUCUCUCCAUUUCGCUUCACAAAGCCAUUGCUAUCCCCUGUUGUACGGUUCCGCAGUUACAAUUGUAUCUCAGCUACAAUCGAGACCAAUACAAUCGAACCAUUGGUCAGUCCUAAAAAUCAUCCAUGGCCAGAAUGGGUUGCUUUCGUGGACCGUUUGAAAGGCAAAGGAUACAUUACAGAAAAAAGUUCGAGCACGGGUGAAGACGGUGAUGGGAGUAUUUAUACGGAUAUGAAUUUGUUGAAAGAUGCAUGCCUUAACUUCUCUCGCGACCGUUCAGACAUUUUCAAAAAGUUGUCCACCCAAGAUAUGCAGAAAGUUGUGGAAAAGGGCUGUCCUAAUCUAUUCAGGAAGGUUGUUAACUCUGCGAAAAGGUUAAGGAUUCAUCUAAACCUCGAUGAAGGAGAGGUAUGUGGUGCUUGCAAUUUCCGUGGAUCAUGUGAUAGGGCUUACUUGAUAUUAAAGGAGUCUGAGGGUGUCGCGCGUACUGUAGAUAUUGUGCGAGUCUUGCUUAUUUAUGCAUUCGAUUCUGCGGUUAUAUCAAGUGGAGCAAUGCCUCCUGGUAGCGAGCUUAUCGAGGUAUCUGCAAGACAAUUGCUCUCAGAGUUGGUUGAAUUAAGUGAGACACCUAUUGAUCCUGAUCAUCCAACACCUGCCCCCAAGGCUUCUCCAAGAAAGAAACAGUCUGUUGGCUCAAGGACAGAUGGUCUGGAAGAUGUUGAAAUGAAAAGAAGAGAUUUAACUGGCCUUGAGGGUGAAAUGUCUAAAAGAAAUGUUGAAAUGAAGCAAGGAGAUUGGGUCUGUUCGCAGUGCACUUUCAUGAACUUCGCACGCAAUGCACAGUGCCUGAGAUGCAAAUCAAAAGGACCUAGUCGAGAUGCUCCUGUGGUUAAAGAAAUGAAUAAGGGAGAUUGGAAUUGCCCACAAUGUACCUUCAUGAAUUUUGCUAGCAAUACCAAGUGUUUACGCUGCCAAGAGCAGCGUCCCAGGAGACAGCUGAAUCCUGGAGAAUGGGAGUGCCCCUCAUGUGACUUCUUGAACUUCAGAAGCAACAUGGCCUGCAAGAAGUGCACUUGUGAACGUCCCAAAGAUGCAAAGACACAGUCAAAAUAUGAGCAGCAACUUUGGACAAAGCCUUACUAAUGUAGCUAAAGAUCACAGCUAAUACAGUCGGUUGAGGAUAUCAUCACAACAAAAAAUAGUUAGACACAGCUUUUUGGUGCUUCAGGUGAGUGGAUAUGGCAAUGGGAAUAACAUAUUUCUUCCUCUCGAUGUUACUUUAGCAAUUAAGAGAUGUUUGUGAAGUUUUAAUUUAUUUUUUCGUGAAAAUAGUUUGUAAUUAUAACAUACUGUAGAAUCUAAUAAACAGUGUUUCAUGGCCA